AUGGAGCCGCCGCCUUCGAUCACGAUUCAACUACCUUGGGUGCCCUCCCCGAUCGCUAUCGUGAAUCAGGAUUAUAUCUGCAACAGAGAAGAGAUGGGCCUGUCGCGGAAAUUCCGGUCGCAAGAAGAGGUCAAGCGCGCGAGAGCAGACGAGGACGCCACGGCCACCGACAUCAAUAUCGCAGCAGCCGUUCACAACAUCAAGGCUGCUGUUCACAACCACCGUCGGCGGUACCGCGCACGCACGAACGUACGCCGAUUGGGAGCCGUAGCCCCGUUCGCAGCAGCAAAUCGUCGCUUUUCCGCCCGAACACAUUCGAUGACUGGACUGUCCCUCCGUCUGCGUAACUCCCCAAUCCGCCCUCUGCCUCUGUCAAAUUACCUCUCCUCCUCCGUCCUCCCCUCUAGACUCCCGCGUCACCCAAACCCCACACAUCCCAGUCCCAUCUAUCAACCCUCCUCCCAACCGCUGACAUCUCCCUCACCCACGCUUCUGGCCCACAAUACUGUCUCCCUCCCUUACUUCCCCUUUUCCAUCCCUCCCCCCAUCUUCCCCUCCUUUCACCAAUUCAAAUACCCCACAUCCGGCAUCGGACAAACAGCCACACCCCCCGAGUCCCCCGCACACGCACCUCGAUUUUCGCUCCCCGUCGUCGAUGUCGUUGUCGGAGGAGGACUCCUCGACUGA